CAGGUGACGUCUGGAACCAAGCCUGACAACAGAAACCUCAUUCUGAAAGUUGAGAUAGGUUGAUUCUGUCCUCCAGACAGUGCCCCGGUCCUGGUAGCACCUCCAGACCCCAGUGACAGUCCCCUCAAGCUCCCAGAGGUCUGCUUUGCGGGUGUCACAGAAGCAAGGACUGGUCUGGGAUUUGGGCUCUCGGUUAAGAGGCGGAAGAGUAGCAGCCUCUUCUCCCUCCCUGGCUGUCAUUCUCCAGCGCCGAACUCACUCAGGGGCGGCAUCGGAUGCACCCUGCCUCCCUCAGAGGUGGGCGUCCUGGGACUCUCCCGCACUGGUGCAGUUGGGUGUGGUGUGGUGAUCAGGGGCUCCAGGGGACAGAAGUAGGCUCUGUCCUGGGGGUAAACGGAGUCAGGCCCUCUAAGGUUGUGUGGUCUAAGGCUGUGUGGGUGAACGGGUGGUCUUUGUAGGGUGCCGAGCCCCGGGCAUGGGGACCCAUGGGCAGCUUCCCUGAUGACUCAGGUCCCUGGGGCAGGCUGUGGAGGAGAUGUGCCAGUUUGCCUUGUGGGCGAAAUCCUCCUUUUUCCCUCCCCUCCCUGGGUCCUUCUUUGGGGGCACACAAGUGUACCAGGGACAGUGGCGUGCUCACCAGCUGGCUGCAUCAGGCCAGUGGCCUUCAGGAGCCAGACCACAAGGCUAAGGGUGGGACAGGCCUUCCCACCGUAGCUCUGGGAAGGGGUCAGUCCUCAAGCCAAAUAGAAUCUGUAGCUUUGGAGAGGGGAUGGGGACGGCAGCGAUUUUGCAUUAGGAGUGGUCCCCUGGCGGCCGUGAACACCUGUGCCCAUGGUUCCAGCCUUCAGGCUGCAUCUGCCUCUCUCGCCAGGGAGUGUGGGGUCUGGACAGAGGGUCAGAGCAAGGACUACACCUGCACUGGGGAGAACUGUCCCAUCUCAGCCCCCUGCCCGGCUGCCACCUCCACAAACUCACAGACUGCUGCUCCCUGCCUGGACCACAGCAAGCCAAACGCUCUUCCGAGCUUCUUUCCCAAACCCAGACUAAAUGGCAGCUAUCUCUGCCAUCCCGAGCCACAACCCAGACAGGGCAGCCAUGCAGUGAAGGGCUCCAGCCCCGAGGCCCACCUGCAGGAUGGCCUGAGGGGCUAUGGGAACCAACAUGGCCUCCGGGCCCUCGCUUUUGAAAGAGGCCCAAGAUUCAUGACCCUCAGCCUCUGCCACCACUCCUCUCACCUCCUUGGACCCAGGAUAUCCUCCUCUGAGAGGAAGUCUCCCACACAGCCCGUGCACCUGGAGGGCUCCUUCCAGCCCAUCCUCUGACCUGACGGAGGCAGAGACCAGCGUCUCCCAUCGUGCUCGAAGAGUGGGUGUUGGGAGGGGGUGGCUGGAAACCCCCAAGCCCCUCUGCCUGCCAGGGCCACCCUAGGACCUGGCCGGGGUGAGGCAGUAGGACUAGAGGGGCUAGUCUCCCAGGAGGGCCCAUGAGACCCAGCCAGGUGGGGACAGACUACAAAGACCCAAGAUGUUCAGUGACGGGAGCCCACCCAAACCACACAGCCACAGGGAACAAGAUGGGCCCAGAUGUCUCCUGUUUGCCCCUGUUUCCAAAUAGUUCCUCAAGCUGACAGCAAAGCCUGACCCAAAUCCACUCGCAUCCAUCCCAUCCCCGUCCAUCCCAUUUCCAUCCAUCCCAUUCCCAUCCAUCCCAUCCCCGUCCAUCCCAGCCCUAUCCAUCCCAUUUCCAUCCAUCCCAGCCCCAUCCAUCCCAGCCCCAUCCAUCCCAGCCCCGUCCAUCCCAUUUCCAUCCAUCCCAGCCCUAUCCAUCCCAUUUCCAUCCAUCCCAGCCCCAUCCAUCCCAUUCCCAUCCAUCCCAUCCCUGUCCAUCCCAUUCCCAUCCAUCCCAGCCCCAUCCAUCCCAUUUCCAUCCAUCCCAGCCCCAUCCAUCCCAGCCCCAUCCAUCCCAGCCCCAUCCAUCCCAUUUCCAUCCAUCCCAUUUCCAUCCAUCCCAUCCCCGUCCAUCCCAGCCCCGUCCAUCCCAUUCCCAUCCAUCCCAGCCCCAUCCAUCCCAUUUCCAUCCAUCCCAGCCCCGUCCAUCCCAUUCCCAUCCAUCCCAGCCCCAUCCAUCCCAUUUCCAUCCAUCCCAUUUCCAUCCAUCCCAUCCCCGUCCAUCCCAGCCCCGUCCAUCCCAUUCCCGUCCAUCCCAGCCCCGUCCAUCCCAGCCCCAUCCAUCCCAUCCCCGUCCAUCCCAGCCCGUCCAUCCCAGCCCCGUCCAUCCCAGCCCCGUCCAUCCCAUUCCCAUCCAUCCCAGCCCCAUCCAUCCCAUUUCCAUCCAUCCCAGCCCCGUCCAUCCCAGCCCCAUCCAUCCCAUCCCCGUCCAUCCCAGCCCCGUUCAUCCCAGCCCCAUCUGUCCCAGCCAUGUUUGUGCCUGCCCCACCUGGCCCUCCAGUGACUGGUUCUCUCUCAUCACUUUUUCUUCUGACUCAUCUGUCUGUCCAGUAUCCCAGAGAUCACUUCACCCUGUCCCCAGCCCUCACCCUUUCCCCACCCAACCCUGCACCCCCGCACACACCCACAGGUGCCCACACAUACUCCGUGCAUCCCAGACACCCCACGUGUCCGCACAUGUCCUGCACACCCCACGAGUCCCUGCAUGCCCAACACGCAUGUCCUCUGUGUGUCCUCUGGCCACCCACACAGCCAUCCCUCAAUCCUACCCUUUCUCCCCCCCAUGGACCUCAGAGCAGCACCAGCUGCCCCUGUGUGCCGGUGGCAAGAGCUGCUGGCUCCUCCCAUGAGCUCAGCUGCUGCCUUAAGGAAACCUGCCUGUGGGCAGCAGCCCCUCCAGUGCACAGCCAGGUCCAGGACUGCUCCAGACACGUCCAGGGGCAGCUAAGAUUCUGGCAGGUGCUGUGAGCAGGUGGGACCAGCACCUCACAACAGCUCUGGCCAGUCGGGGUCACCUGGGGUGUGAUGUGGGUGUCCAGGCCCCAGCGUCCAGGAGUGCACACUGGGUGGCUGCUCACACACCUGCCCAGGGUCCCCGUCCCGUAUAAUCACACCUGUAAUCCCAGCACUUUGGGAGGCCGAGGCAGAUGUAUCACCUGAGGUCAGGAGUUCCAGCACAUUCCCUGGCAGGGCCACGAUGCUGUAGGGUGGGGCCGCCCUCUCCCACUCCUUGUUUCCAGGGGUCAGUGCCUGGAGGGGGUGUCCCCAGGAGCCAAGGAGCUGCAGCCUCCUGAGACCCCAGCACUCCCGAAGCUCCGCUCCUCAGGGGUUAACGGGGGUGCCAGUCUCCCAUCCCCUUUCCCAGGGCUCCAGAUGGCCCUGCCCGGAUGAAUUCUGCCAGGAGGGGUGGGUGCACCCCCGGACCCUCAAGACGUCCCUGCAGGUCCCUGCACUGCUUCCCCGUGCCCCAGGGGCCUAUUUCCACCCGAACUGCCCCCAAAGCUCCCACACUUUCUGAAAUGGGGCUGGGGCCACAGCCCUGGGUGAACAGCGUGCUGGCUGGAGAGGAAGACAGUCGGGGGGCAGGGGAGUCCAUGGGGCUGGCCUCCCAGGGGCCCGCCAGCUCUGUGAACACUUCAGAGAGAGGCCAGGGUGCUGCUGACAGCCCCUGCCCGUUUCCCCAAAGGUUCAGGAAACUCCAUUUUGCUGUCUGUUCUCUAUGUUUCAAUCCAGCCGAGCCCCGGAGUAGCUUCCCAAAGACCCCGAGUAAUGGAAACUCAGCAUCAGUACUCGGAGUAAAGCUGGCUUUUGAAAUACAUGAAUGACAGCCACAGGCCUUGUUGUCCCCACCUGGGUGGAUGGAGAGGCCGGCCAGGCCAGCUGUCAGCUCCCCGACCGCAUCUGCCAGGGCCGAGGGGGUGGGGCCAGGAAGACAGGGCUGGGGCACAGCCACGCACCGCCUGGUGGGGACGGGACUUAUUCUCUGCUUCCUCCUCCUAUUUUUUCAACUCCCCCAAAGGAGCUGGACUGAGCACUGGGUUGUUUUCCUGCAGCUGUGAGAAGGCCCGCCCCGAGGCCUGUGUGCAGGUUUCGAGGUGCCCUCGCCCCCCUCCGAUGUCCUCUGGGUUUGGCCCGUGGAAGCCGUGAGACGUGAUGGUCAGAGUGACACCGUGUCCAUGUAAUAAAGCGAACGUUUGCCGUCGCCUGGCUGUGCCUCUCCUUCGGUCCCAGGAGGCUUCGGCAAAGCCUCAUCUCACCCAUGAACUCACCAAAUACAUGCCGGGCUUCUCCGCCCAGCAGGGACAGGCGUCCCCCACCACGUACGCUGAGGGGACAAACAUGCCAGUGUGUGACGGGCUGGGCGAUGGGGAAGAGGCGGGGUGGGAGCACACAGGCAUGGAGGACACUCAGGUCCCAACAACUUCACACCCGGGAGCUGGUCCUGAGGGUUCCCAGACUGGAGUGCCCCUGCCUGAGCAGGCCGAGCCUCAGACAGUGCUGGGGCCACGAUGCCUCCAACCCCGAUGGGGGACACAGAAAACUGAGGGGAGACUGGAUGUGGUGGCUCACACCUGUAAUCCCAGCACUGUGGGAGGCCGAGCAGGGCGGAUCACCUGAAGUCAGGAGUUCAAGACCAGCCUGGCCAACAUGGUGAAACCCCGUCUCUACUAAAAACACAAAAAGUUAGCUGGAUGUGGUGGUGCGUGCCUGUAAUCCCAGCUACUCGGGAGGCUGAGGAAGGAGAAUCGCUUGAACUCAGGAGGCGGAGGUUGCAGUGAGCUGAGAUCACACCACUGCACUCCAGCCUGGGGCGUAUUUGAGGAGCGUCACUGGAAAGGCUGGCGUCAGAGCCGUCUGUCCCCUGCCCGGCGUCUGGCAGUGCCUGGUGUGUCAGCAGUCUCAGACAGGGUAAGGCAUGAGGACAGCAGCUCUUGAGGAAGGAGAUGCAGCCCGGCAGGCUUCCCGGAGGCAGCAGCACCAUGGGCGGGGAGCAGCGUCCCGGGACCACACACAGGUAAGCGUUCGACUGUGCAGAGUCAGGGAGAGAGGUGGGGCGUCCAGGGCCUUAGGCAGGUUCCAGACAGGGCCCAUUCCUCACCAACCCCAGGAGUCUCCCCAGAACUCCGCACUGACAGAUGGGUGACAGCAGGGUUUUCAGCCAGCCUCUUGGAGGUGUGAAAAGAGAACAAACUUUCGGGACCUAAAACACUAAGUCAAAGGGAAAGUCAAGCUGGGAACGGAGUCCCGCACGCCGCCUCCCAUCUUCCUCCGUGGACAGCCACAAAGGUGAGAUGCCCCGUGCCCCCCUCGCCAGCUGCUCACAGGGAAGCUCCUGUGGACCCCAAGAUCUUGACUCUGAAACUUCUGCAAAAUCUCAACAGCUUAACUUCUUUGGUACAGGACAAAGGACAGAGCUAAAGUCACCUUCCACUCACCUAGGCGAACGCGCACCUGCCGGCUUCCUGUUCCCUGUGGAAACGCAGGGUCGCCCGGCGUGGGGCUGCGCCUUUCACUCGCCUACCCCACCUCCCACAUUUCAGAAUGUGCAUUUGGUGACAGCUGGUCAGACUUAAAGGAACACACCGCUUGCCUCUUCUCCACCUGCCCUUUUCUUUCCCCUUUAGGUACAGACGUCUCCAAACCCUCUUUGGGGUUUUUUGUUUCUGUUUUUGGUUUUUUGAGGCAGAGUCUCGCUCUGUCGCCCGGGCUGGAGUGCAGUGGUGCGAUCUCGGCUCACUGCAACCUCCACCUCUCCAGGUUCAAGAGAUUCUCCUGCCUCAGCCUCCCAAGUAGCUGGGAUUACGAGCACACGCCACCACACCCAGCUAAUUUUUGUAUUUUUAGUAGAGAUGAGGUUUCACCAUCUUGGCCAGAGUGGUCUUGAUCUCUUGACCUUGUGAUCCUCCCAAUUGCAGGUGGAAGCCACUAGGCCCUGUCUGUUUUUGUAUUUUUAGUAGAGAUGGGGUUCACCAUGUUGGCCAGGGUGGUUUUGAACUCUUGACCUCGUGAUCGUCCUGCUUCAGGCUCCCAAAGUGCUGGGAUUACAGGUGGGAGCCACCUCGCUGGGCCUCCAAACCCUCUUUGGAAAAAGCAGACCACAGAUGUUUCCUGUAGCUUUGUGCCCUUCACCUUGGUAAAAUACAUCUCUGAACUGAUUGAGACCCGUCUCAGACACCUUCUGCUUUAUAGAGAUUCCCAGGAAAGAGGCCCCACGUGAACACGGGGGUGGAGUCACAGAGAAGCCAGCUUCGGCCAGGGGGUGGCAGCUGUUCCCUGCCGAUGGUAGGGAUCAGAGCCAAGCAUGACUGCUGGACCCCAAGUCCUUCACAGAGUGGGCAGGAGGCGGCAGCAAGGGAGGAGGCCGGAGCGGACUCAAGCAGCCACACUGCAGGUGCAGAGGGAGGCAGGAGGCCGGGCGCCGGUCACGUCCUGCUGCAACCCUGCAGGGCUGAGGCCAGGUGCAGACGCCACCAGAUCCCCAUGGAAUUCUGCCACAGUGACUCACACUGCCACUCCCCACAGACCCCCACCCCACAGCAGAAGGAUUCUGGCUUCAUGUAAGUGGCUCCCAUCUAAAAGAUGCCCCAAGCUGGGCGCAGUGGCUCACGCCUGUAAUCCCAGCACUUUGGGAGGCUGAGGCAGGCGGAUCACCCGAGGUCAGGAGUGUAAGACCAGCCUGGACAACAUGGCAAAACACUGUCUCUAUUAAAAAUACAAAAAAAUGAGCCGGAUGUGGUGGCAGGUGCCUGUAAUCCCAGUUACUUGGGAGACUGAGGCAGGAGAACCGCUUGAACCUGGGAGGCAGAGGUUGCAGUGAGCUGAGAUCGCGCCACUGCACUCCAGCCUCGGCAACAAAAUAAGACCCUUGUCUCAAAAAAUAAGAAGAAAACCUAAAGUGAGGGUUAGGGGGAUGAGGGUGCCUGAGGGCUCCAUGGGGGCUGGGAUGCAGAGACAGCAUUUGCUGCCCCUCCUCUGGGCCCAGGACCCCGCCCCGAACUGCCCUCAGGCUCUCAUCCCAGGCACCUGCCCUCGGCCUCUCAUCCCAGGCACCUGCCCUCGGGCUCUCAUCCCAGGCACCUGCCCUCGGCCUCUCAUCCCAGGCACCCUCCCCUGGGGCCACCUCGGCCCCUGCUUCCCCCGGUUGGAAGCCACCUCCCCAGCCUGCUUGGACCCAUGUUCCAGAAGCAACCGCUGCCAUGUUCCCACUCAGAUUGUGUGUUUGUGCCAUGUGGUGUUCGUGCCGUGUGGAUGCCACUGAGGUGUGAACCUGGGGACCGAUGCAGGCUCCAGGGAGCUGCAGUGUGGCUGGGCUUAUGCAGAAGAGACCAACAACCUCCACUCGACUCAGCAUCUCCUUCCUCGAGGGAGAGUCUCCCAGAGGUGUCCAGGGGACAGGGAAGGGCAGGGGCCCAGGAGCCAAGGCUGGAAGCUCAGCCCCCACUCAGCCUUCGAAAAUGCUCUAGUGGGAGCAGCUGGUCUCAGGGGAAGGCUUAAAACUCCAGCAGGGCCCAGGCAGGUGCGGACUCGGGAAGAGUGGAGGGAAGCCUCGCCUGGCCCGCCUUCCUCCUGCUCCUCCACCAUGUGGCCCGUCCCAAGCUGUUCUCUCUUCCCGCCCCCAACUCAGGCCUGGCUCCAGACAGUCUCCUCGGACCCUGAGGCCCAGGGCUGGGGGGCCUGGAACAAGACCAAGAAUUCUCUGGGGCCAGAGGGUGGGGAAGGGAAGGAGGAGAGGGAAGAGGAGGCAGAGGAAGACCAGGAUGGAGAUGAAGGCUUCCUGCUAUCUCUGCUGGAGCAAAAGAAUCUGGCUGAGUUCCCCAUGCCUGACCAGGAGCUGGAGGCCAUCAAGAUGAAGGUGUGGGCCAUGGAGCAGGCCGAGGGACUGCCUUGGCCUCCAGGAGCACAGCGCCUCCUCCGGGAAGAGGAGGACGCUGUGGCAGGGCAGCUGCUGAGCCCCGAGACAACAGGCUACCCCAUCGGUGGGACCCCGGAAGAGAAGGUGGAGGCUGACCACAGAUCCAUCUAUGUGGGCAACGUGGACUACGGGGGCUCGGCGGAGGAGCUGGAGGCCCACUUUAGCUGCUGCGGGAAGGUCUACCGAGUCACCAUUCUGUGCGACAAGUUCUCUGGACACCCCAAGGGCUAUGCCUACAUCGAGUUUGCCACCAAGGGCUCUGUGCAGGCCGCCGUGCAGCUGGACCAGAGCCUCUUCCGCGGCCGCGUCAUCAAGGUGCUGCCGAAAAGAACCAACUUCCCUGGGAUCAGCUCCACAGACCGCGGGGGCCUUCGAGGACACCCAGGCUCCAGGGGGGCACCCUUCCCCCACAGCAGGCCCCGGUUCAGACCACGAGGGCAGAACCAGGCACGCGGAAGAGCCUCCCUGUGGUUCUCACCGUAUUAAUGGAAGGGCCUGCUUUUGAGAGAGGGACUGGGGGCUGGGUCAGGAGUAAACCUGUUGUGUUCCAUAGGGGGCUGGGGCUGGCAGGGAGUGGGGUGGGGGCGAGGCCAGAGGAG